AUGGCCUCUCUUCCCAGUUAUUCGGCCUCAGGCAGAACCCGGCCCUCUGAUGCCUCGUCGUCCACCGCCUGGGAGGAUAGCGUAACGCCAGAGCUUAAUCACGACCAUCCCAAUGGCCACACGUCCCCCGAAUCGACAGAGGAUAAGGAGACCGUGGUUUUGAAUAAGCCCGGUGCAGACCAAGCAGAAACAUCCAACGGCAAAGCUCCAGCCCAUGUCCUGGAGGCCGUGGGCUCUGGCUCCCCGUCGCACGAUGUCGAAGAACCUCGUAAAUGCUGGAUCUGUUAUACUGAUGAGACAGAAGACACCCCCCUAAAUUCCGAAUGGCGAUCGCCUUGUCCGUGCGCUUUGACGGCCCACGAAGCCUGUCUGCUCGACUGGCUUGCGGACUUGGAGAACCCGCGCUCCCGCAAGCGCAACGGCCACAAUGCGAAGAUGGUCUGUCCGCAAUGCAAGACUGAGAUCGUGGUCACGCGCCCGCGGAGCUACAUUGUGGAUGUUGUGCGCAUGGUGGAGCAGAUUGCGGGCCGGCUAAUUCUCCCGGGGAUGGUGUUCACGCUGGCCGGCACGGUUUGGGCCGGAUGCUGUGCCCACGGAGUGUAUUCUAUGUAUUUUGUUUUUGGGACCGAAGAGGCCAAGCAUAUCCUGGAAGAAGCCGCGGACGGCACUUGGAACUCGGGUCUGAAUCUCGGCCUACCCCUCAUUCCCUUGGUGCUAAUCUUCUCGCGCACCCGCUAUGCCGAGGGCCUGCUCCCCGCCAUCCCCGUCUUGUUUUUCGCCACCCAUACUCCCGGACACGAACCUGAUCUCGACCUUUGGCCUCCUAGCGCUGCCGUGACAUUCGCAGCGCUUCCUUACGUGAAAAGUUUCUAUGGUGCGAUUUAUGACAGACUGUUUGGGAAAUUGGAGAGAAGGUGGAUCGCAGAGGUACAGCCACGUCAGGCGGACAUAAAUGAAUUUGACGAUAAUGCGCCGCCCAAUCAUCCCGAGCCCGAUCCAAUACCAGCAGAUGGGAACGGACAGAUCUUGAUGGAAUUUGACCUGGAGUUCCAAGUGGGAAUGGGAAACAAUAACGUUGAGCCUCCGGAAGCUCUUGGAUUAGGAGCUGAAGGCGACGGACAGCAACUUGGGCAAGGACAGAAUCAAGGUGGUGGAAUCAACGGCCAGGCACUGGGGCUUGGCCAACGGGACAAUCUGAUCCAUGAAACAAAUAGCCUGGCGGAUAUUAUUCUCGGGGCACUUGCGUUUCCGGCCAUCUCGGCUUCCAUGGGAGGGCUUCUCAAGUAUGUUCUGCCCAAGUCAUGGACGACAGUGUCGGCUCUCGAACGGGGAAGACCUGGCCUGCUACAAACCCGAUGGGGGCGAAGCGUGAUCGGCGGGUGUGUCUUUGUACUUCUCAAAGAUGCACUUGUUCUUUACUGUCGAUGGAAGCUUGCGCAGUCUCAUCGACGACGCAAGGUGCUAAACUAUGACCGAACGAAGAAGCAGGUUGGGCGGUAG